UUUCCAACACUCCAUUCUUCCCUUCCUUCAUUCCUCGUGCUCUCUCUACUCGCAUGGCCGGCGCCGGCUUCGUCACUGGUUCCCAACACCAUCCCUUCCCUCCCCACCAGAAUAGUAAUGUUGAUCCGCCAUCCUCCAAAACAUGUCGAGUUUGCGGGGACGAAAUCGGAGUCGACCAAGAUGGCAAAGUGUUCGUGGCGUGUGUGGUGUGCAGUUUCCCCGUUUGCCGCCCUUGUUACGAAUACGAAAGGAGCGAAGGCAACAAGUGCUGCCCCCAAUGCAACACCCGCUAUAAGCGCCACAAAGGUUCUCCCAGAGUCAUUGGGGAUGAUGAAGAAACUUACGAUGUUGAUGAUUUUGAUGAUGAGUUCCCCGUUAACCAUCCCCAUCACCACUCUCAAACAAAACAUCCUAACCAUUCGGAAAACGAAAACCACAAUCAGCAGAAUUGGCAUCAAAACGUCCAGACUUCCUUCUCUGUUGCAGGCAGUGUGAAUGGCAAGGAUUUUGAAGCGGAGAAGGAGGGUUACAGCAACGCUGAAUGGAAGGAGAGAAUAGAUAAGUGGAAAGUCAGACAAGAGAAGAGAGGUUUGGUGAACAAAGACGAUGGAAAUAACAAUAAUGAUCAAGGCGACGAAGACGACUACCUAUUGGCUGAAGCCCGGCAACCCUUAUGGCGGAAACUUCCAAUAUCUUCCAGCAAAAUCAGUCCGUAUCGCAUAGUCAUAGUUCUCCGCCUCGUAAUUCUUGCCUUCUUCUUCCGUUUUCGGAUCCUAACUCCGGCCUACGACGCAUUCCCAUUGUGGCUCAUCUCUGUGAUCUGCGAAAUCUGGUUCGGUUUUUCAUGGAUACUGGAUCAGUUCCCCAAAUGGGCUCCCAUCAACCGGGAAACCUACUUGGACCGCCUCUCCAUGAGGUUCGAGCGCGAAGGCGAACCCAACCGCUUGUCCCCAGUUGAUUUCUUCGUCAGUACUGUGGACCCUCUGAAGGAGCCCCCCAUCAUCACCGCCAACACUGUGCUCUCCAUCCUCUCUGUGGACUAUCCGGUGGACAAAGUGAGCUGCUAUGUCUCCGACGAUGGUGCUUCCAUGUUGCUCUUCGAUACUCUCUCCGAAACCGCGGAGUUUGCCCGGAGAUGGGUGCCGUUUUGCAAGAAGUUCAGUGUUGAGCCCAGGGCUCCCGAGUUUUACUUCUCCCAGAAGAUCGAUUACUUGAAGGACAAAGUGCUGCCCAGCUUUGUGAAGGAGAGGAGAGCAAUGAAGAGAGAAUACGAAGAGUUCAAGGUGCGGAUCAACGCGUUGGUGGCAAAGGCUCAGAAGAAACCUGAGGAAGGAUGGGUUAUGCAGGAUGGCACUCCAUGGCCAGGAAACAUCACCCGUGAUCAUCCUGGCAUGAUACAGGUGUAUCUGGGCAGUGAAGGUGCACUGGAUGUAGAAGGUAAAGAAUUGCCUCGUCUUGUAUAUGUUUCUCGUGAGAAACGCCCUGGAUAUCAGCACCACAAGAAAGCUGGUGCUAUGAAUGCUCUUGUUCGAGUCUCUGCAGUCCUCACAAAUGCACCAUUCAUAUUGAAUCUGGAUUGUGAUCACUACGUCAACAACAGCAAAGCUGUAAGGGAGGCCAUGUGCUUUCUAAUGGAUCCUCAGCUUGGCAAGAAGCUAUGCUAUGUUCAGUUUCCUCAAAGAUUUGAUGGUAUUGAUCGUCACGAUAGAUAUGCUAAUCGGAAUAUUGUGUUCUUCGAUAUCAACAUGCGAGGACUAGAUGGAAUCCAAGGCCCAGUUUAUGUUGGCACAGGAUGUGUCUUCAAUAGGCCAGCUUUAUAUGGAUAUGAGCCACCAGUCUCCGAGAAAAGGCCGAAGAUGACAUGUGAUUGCUGGCCUUCAUGGUGUUGCUUCUGUUGUGGUGGUUCAAGGAAGUCGAAGUCCAAGAAGAAAGGAGAAAGAGGUUUGUUUGGAAGUCUGUUCACAAAGAAGAAGAAGAUGAUGGGGAAGAGUUACGUUAGGAAAGUGUCGGGGCCAGUUUUUGAUCUUGAAGAGAUUGAAGAAGGGUUUGAAGGUUAUGAUGAGUUGGAGAAGUCAUCACUCAUGUCGCAAAAGAAUUUCGAGAAAAGAUUUGGGCAGUCUCCUGUUUUCAUUGCUUCCACCCUUAAGGAAGAUGGUGGGCUCCCAGAAGGAACUAAUAGCACAUCACUUAUUAAAGAAGCCAUCCAUGUGAUAAGUUGUGGUUAUGAAGAAAAAACAGAAUGGGGAAAAGAGAUAGGUUGGAUUUAUGGUUCGGUUACAGAAGAUAUCUUGACAGGAUUCAAGAUGCAUUGUAGAGGAUGGAAGUCAGUGUACUGCAUGCCACACAGACCAGCUUUCAAGGGGUCCGCUCCGAUAAAUCUCUCGGAUCGUUUGCACCAAGUUCUGAGAUGGGCUUUAGGUUCUGUUGAAAUCUUCCUCAGUCGUCACUGCCCGCUGUGGUAUGCUUAUGGGGGAAAGCUAAAAUGGCUUGAGAGGCUUGCCUACAUCAACACUAUUGUUUACCCUUUUACUUCCAUUCCAUUACUUGCAUACUGCACCAUUCCUGCUGUCUGUCUUCUCACUGGAAAAUUCAUCAUCCCCACUUUGACAAACUUAGCUAGUGUCUGGUUCAUGGCCCUGUUUAUCUCCAUCAUUGCUACUGCCGUGCUGGAGCUUCGAUGGAGUGAGGUGAGUAUUGAGGACUUGUGGCGUAACGAGCAAUUCUGGGUCAUUGGUGGCGUCUCUGCGCAUCUUUUUGCAGUGUUCCAAGGCCUGCUCAAGGUCCUUGGUGGAGUAGACACCAACUUCACAGUUACAGCAAAAGCAGCCGAGGAUACCGAGUUUGGAGAGCUCUACCUUUUCAAGUGGACGACCCUCCUCAUCCCGCCGACCACUCUUAUAAUCUUGAACAUGGUGGGAGUGGUUGCUGGGGUUUCUGAUGCAAUCAACAAUGGCUACGGGUCAUGGGGUCCUCUAUUUGGAAAGCUGUUUUUUGCUUUCUGGGUCAUUGUUCAUCUCUAUCCUUUCCUCAAGGGUCUCAUGGGAAGACAAAACAGAACCCCCACCAUUGUAGUGCUCUGGUCCGUGCUCCUUGCAUCCAUAUUUUCACUGGUUUGGGUGCGAAUUGAUCCAUUCCUGCCCAAGCAAACUGGCCCCGUCCUCAAACAAUGUGGAGUCGAUUGCUAGUCAUGCUCUGAUGCUCCGCUUUCACUUCUUUUUGUUGUUGGGUUGCCUCAGUUGUGUUCAAUUGUUUGAAGUUUUGAGAUAUCUUUGUAGCUUUUAUUGUUUGAAAUGAAUAUACAUACAAAAAUAUAAUAUCAAUCUACAAAGGAUAGUAACGUAA